CGUGGCUGUUGUCACGACUACUGCGUACAUGUGCUCUUUUAGGUUAUGUUGUUAGUUUUGUGAUACCAUUAAAAGUAAAAAUGGGUUUAACUAAAGAACAAGCACACCGUCCUGGACCCUUUAAACAAAGUAAUAAGGCACACAAACACGGAAGACAUAGGUCGAAAGGAUCCAUCAGUUCGUCCAGCAGAGGUAAAGUCUCUGUUAAAGCCCUGUCGAAAAAGAACAAGAAGGAUUUAAAUAGAAUCGAAAGAAGAAAUCGUUCAAAUCAAAUACGUCAAACAAAGCGCGACGAAGUAUUGGCAAAGAAACGCUCCAUCGGUAGCGCAAACACGGCACCAUUUUUAGUGUCUAUCCUACCAUUGAAUAAGUUGUUGGAUCCGCAAGGAGUGCUGUCAUUUUUUUCACAAUGUGACGAGGAAGUUACCCUGAGAACUGGGGCCACAGGUUGUACGCACAUCAGUAUACCACGGUUUAAGCAACACUUCAGCUUUGUCAUACCCGACAUGGAUAAUGAUCUAGCGAUUUUGGAUACCUUGAAAGUUUGCGACACAGUUCUGUUUGUUAUUUCUGCUGUGGCCGGGUACGAUUUUGGUGACGAGCUCAUCGAUCAAUGGGGCAAUAAGGUUCUGACGCUUUCGUUUGCACAAGGUUUGCCAACGCCGGUAGUGGCCGUCACCGACUUGGACGGCGUUCCGCAGAAGAAACGUGGCGAGCAAAAGCACCACAUUCAAAAGUUGGUAUCGAAGUGGAUGCCGGACGAAAAAAUUAUGACCUUGGAUAAGAGUAGCGACGCUUUAAACGUGCUGCGUAAGAUCGGUAAUCAGAAACAUAAAUCGGUUAUUAAUCGAGAUCGCCGGCCGCACCUUUACGCGGAGGAGUGCGAGUUUGUGAAUGGGGAAGGAUCUCUGGGUACUUUAAUGGUAACGGGUCAUUUGCGUGGCACUCCUCUGUCGGCCAAUGAUUUGAUUCACUUGCCCGGUUUGGGCGACUUCCAAAUCUCUCAAAUUGAUGCGAUACCGGAACCGCAGUCUGCAGAGAAAGUGGCUGGAACGGGCGUUGGAGUAGCUAGAGUCCUCGAAAGAGCGGACAUUACCAAACAGGAAUCGUUAGUUUCUGAAAACAUCGUCGACCCGAUGGACGCCGAACAGACGUGGCCGACGGAGGAAGAAUUGAAAAUGGCGGAAGAGAGUCAUAAAACCAGAAAGGUGAAGAAGGUGCCCAAAGGUUGGUCCGAUUACCAGGCGGCUUGGAUAGUCGACGAAGAUGACGAGUCCGUGUCGUCGGACGAUGAGGAGGACGAUUUAGAAAAUAUGGACGCGAUGUCUGAGGUAAAAUCGGACGUGGAUGAAGGCGAAGAGUUUGACACGCUGACUGAAUCGGAAAUUGGAGUCGACGACCAGCAGUACGACAAAGAACUCGACUUGGAUCAAGAAAAGGAGGAGCUUGAAAAAUUGCAAGCUGCCAAGUCGGAUCUUAUCUUUCCCGACGAAAUGGACACGCCACUGAAUGUGGAAGCUCGAGUGCGUUUCCAGAAGUAUCGGGGGCUGGAAAGUUUUCGGACCUCUCCGUGGGAUGUUAAAGAAAACUUACCCGUCGAUUAUGGGCGCAUAUUUCAGUUUGAGAAUUUCGACCGGACCAAGAGGAAAAUUGUCAAAUCAAUAGACUGUAAAGAUGGCGUCAUGCCUGGCUGGUACAUACGAAUACACAUCAAGGACGUUUCUCAGCAUCUGUGGGCAACAUUUCAACAAACAAAAGCUCCCCUAAUUUUAUUCGGUUUACUACAACACGAGCACAAAAUGAGCGUAAUGAACACCGUUCUAAAAAGAACACCACUAUACGAGGCGCCGAUUAAAUCAAAGGAACGGCUGAUAUUUCAAUGUGGAUAUCGCAGAUUUAUCGUUAAUCCCAUUUACAGUGAGCACACAAACGGGAAAAAGCAUAAGUACGAAAGAUACUUCCAACCGAAUUCGACCGUCGUCGCGUCAUUUUACGCCCCCAUCCAGUUCCCGCCGGCGCCUACACUCUGCUUCAAGGAAGUCUCAAACAAAUUAGUCCUAGUGGCGCACGGCCAACUAUUAUCCUGCAAUCCGGACCGUCUGAUUAUCAAACGUAUUGUUCUGUCCGGGCAUCCGUUGAAGAUUAACAAGCGUUCGGCGGUGGUUCGUUUCAUGUUCUUCAAUAGAGAAGAUAUCAUCUAUUUUAAGCCUGUUAAACUACAUACGAAGUACGGUAGAAUCGGACACAUAAAGGAACCUUUAGGCACUCAUGGACAUAUGAAAUGUGUAUUUGAUGGUCAGCUGAAAUCGAUGGAUACCGUUGUGUUGAAUUUGUACAAAAGAAUUUUUCCUAAGUGGACAUUUGAAGAAUGUAUAGUCAGUUGCAGUAAUGUACAGGAUAUGGUACAUUAAAUAUAUCGUCAAUCUUAGUUGACCCUUUAUAACUAACAAUACUUAUCGCUUAGAACUUUCAAAAAUGUGCUUCUUAGCAAACGAUUA